AUGGAUAGAAAUUACCCGGGAACAGGGUUCGGUGAUUUGGGCGCAGGAGCGGGAUGGAGUUAUGAGAGAUCGGCGAAAGCAAGGUAAGCAUUUGAUCCAGUCCAGAUAAUGUUUGCACACUAGUUAAUACAUUGCAUUCUCUUUUCUUUAAUGUAAUCGAUUGGUCGUUAAUUUGGUACAUUGACGUCGAUCUGUAACCUGCCUAUAGGCAGCAUCGCGUUGUCAUCCAGGUUUUUGCAUGUUGUUACUAGUAUUAUAAAUGGAAUGGAGAAAGACGUGUGGGGGUGGUGGGACGAGCUAGCAGGGCUCUUGAAAAUGCAUAGAAUGCGAUUGACAGACUAAAUGUAUGGUUUUAGGUAGACGGAGGGGGAGGGAACGAGAGUAAAGAGGGGGAUGGGUUGGAGAAUAUGUCUGGACCAUUAGAAUAAUUAUAGUAGUAUGUCCUUUUAGAAUAGUUUGACACAUUGACUGUAAAAAAAUAGUCCAUAUUUUCGUCAUAGGUAAAUGCACAUGAGGCUAUUGCAUUGGAAGGAAAGUGCCAUUACAAUGCCCAAUUUGUAUCUUUCCAGUUUUUCCUUCUGUGACAUUGCAUGACACAUUUGUUUCACAUAGUAACUGAGAUACCUCCUCCUGUGAUGUAUCAAAGUUGUUACAAUGUAACAUUUUGCUGGCAAGUGAUUAGCGCGAGAUGCCAGUGGUCGAAUGUUGGCGACUCGUGCUAUGAAGAAUGAUAAUGAUUUAUAGUCAACACAUUGGCUCCUAAAAUAACACCACAACUCUAGGUUGUUGUGUAUAAUUAAAUUACAAUGCAUUACACCCAAUCUUGAUAGGAUAUCAAAUAUAUUCGGUAGCUAAGUCUUUAUUUCGAUGUAUCAGUGUUUUCAACAUAUUGCCAUCAAGCCAUAUCUACCAUGAUUUGGUUUGCUAGCUAGUAGGCUACCUAGCUAAUGAUAAAAGCUAGCAUGGUACAUGGUCGGAUCAUGGCUGUUUAGUUGGCUGAGGCAGCAUACCGUAUAUACCAUCUACUGGGGUAUUUGGAGAUAGCCACGUCAUGGUUUUUCAAUACUGUCAAUACCGUUGAAACUAUUUAUUUGAAGUUGAAAUGCAUUUUAAUAUUUGUAGCUACUUUUUAAGUAAAUACCUGCAGUCAACUUGUGCAAUACGUCAGGAGAUAAAGCAGAUCGAGUUCUUCAUUUCACAUUAUGAAGCUUACCAUAGUUCACCAGAGCCAGUCACGUGUUUGUUUGUAAAUAACACAACGAGAGAAAGCGAGAGUCCAGCUGUGUAUUGACAGGGGUCGCGUUUUAUAUUGAAACUCAAGUCUUUCUUUGCUUCAAUAGAAUGAUCAGGGACGUGCAACUAUAAUUUUACUUAACGGAAAAUACAUUAGUGCAAGACAUUAGGCAGAAAAUGGCAUCAUUCGCAUUAGAUGGCAACAGGAGUGCAACGCUAUUUGGCUGGCAGCCACACCAGUACAUUAGCUUACAAUGAAAAAUGUCGUUUUUGCAAAAAAUAUACAUGGCCAUCAUGUUUAUCAUAAAGAAUGUAGCCAGCUACAUUUCCUAAUGUUUUGCUUAAAGUUAAUCUUUAAAUGUACCGGAGAAAAGUAGGCUGGCUACACCAAGAAAAGUACCAGAGAAAAGUAGCUACACAUCAGUCAGAGCGCUGUCUGCUGAUAGAAUGCCCUUUUGUGAAUUCUUAUCUGAGUGGAGAAUUACAAAUGAAGCACAAAUUUAGUCUGAAGCUGAGCAGAAAUUACAAGAAGCAUUUUAGAUCUCUGUUUACAAAAUGCAGCAUGAUAUUUCUUGUGCAUUUUAUAAUUAAUUCCUGCGUGGAAAAAUGCAGAAUUAUGUGUUAACGCGACCCCUAAGAUAUCUAAGCAAGUGGCUGAAUUAAUAAGUUGACGGGGCAUCAUAUAGUGUUCUCAAACACAGCAGAAAGCGAACUCAUCCAAAGGGCUUUGACAUCUGAACAGCUGCCACUGCUUGAUUUCCUUGAGUUUUUUCUCCUCUGUGUUCUUGGCCAGCAGGCAGUCCCGUUGCCGUAGCGACUCCAAACUCCACACAGACACAUGCUGCUUUAGCGCCAGUACUGCUCUUUCUUCAGACAAGCAUGUGUCAAAACUUUGUUAAUUUGCACAAUGUCUCUCGUGCACGUUCGCUUGUAAAUAUCCAAACUCACCAACGAUGACAUUCGGUAGCUCCUACCUAUACAGUACCAGUCAAACGUUUGGACACACCUACUCAUUCCAUGGGUUCUUUAUUUGUACUAUUUUCUACAUUGUAGAAUAAUAGUGAAGACAUCAAAACUAUGAAAUAACACAUGGAAUCAUGUAGUAACCAAAAGUGUUAAACAAAUCAAAAUAUAUUUGAGAUUCUUCAAAGUAGCCACCCUUUGCCUUGAUGACAGGAUUGCCUGUCUUUGCAACUUGUUUAUUUUCAUUUGCGCUCAUUAGCAUAUUUAGCUAGCAGCCUCCAUUCGCUAUUACUUGUGCAGAUUUUGCUAGUAUUCUGGUAAUAGACACCCAAUGGGCGUUUGUGUUUUUUUGGCUCCCCCUUGUGUACUAAACCGGUAAUACAGUAAAUCCCGGGAUGGGAGAAGUAUUGGUAUGACUAUAUGAAAAUCUGGAUACCGCCCAACCCUUUAGCUAGCUAUCUGCUUUAGUUUUUGAAAUGAUCUAUCUCUGUCAACAGAGGAGCUUGUUUUUACAUAUUGUUUAUAUUUAUUCCUUCUGAACACAUUUCCGGUUGUUGGCAAUGUCAAUUCUUGCAAUAUUUUUCAAAAAACUUUUUUUUCGCUAGCUGGACAGGCACACGCCGCUGAAUAAUAAACUGUAAACCAAUCAAAACUUGAUCACGUCUGCCAAUCACGUAAUCUGCAUCUUAGGUGCCAACCAAGUGCUAUUCACCAAGCAUGGGCUGAUUAUCUCACUUAUGAGAAACAUCCUACUGCAGUUUGAACUAGCCCUACCGUCACUAUUUAGACAUUGGGACCACAUAUGCAUUUGCCUGUUGUGUUUUUGUUGUGGGUUUUGUCUUACGUUGUAGUGCAUUUUAGAGUUGAAGAACACCAACAACAGAUAAACGCGCUUGUUUGAGCAUCUUAAAGACCAAAUUCAAUGUAGAAUCAGUUUAACAGGUGACCAACUGAUUAUUUUACUAUUGUAACAUGCAGUGGGGAGAAUUCUAUUGUCCCCGUCAGGAGCCCAGGCUUUUGCCAUAGAUGGUAGAGUUCUCGUCUCUGGACCACACAAGCUUUAGAUUGCAUUCUGUUAAGGCCCUUGUCUCUCUCUACAUCUGUCAGCUACGUUGGUGACCAGGGUGGGAGUCUUUCGAUACGCCUAUGGGGCCUGGGCACACACAUGCUCAUAGAUAUAAGGGGGAAUACUGAAGCAUGCGUUGAUGACAGUUCUACAGUCUCCAUCAGAUUCCCAGGCUUUUGGUAUAGAUGGUAACGCUCUUGUUUCUGAACUGCAACAUUGUAAUAUUGUGCCCUCCAUGGCACUAAAUAUACAUUGAUUGGUAGGUUACACUAUAUUUAGAUACUUCUGCCUGAGACAAUACUGCUGAACCUCUUUGUUAUAGUGAUCUUUGUUCGAAUGUAUAUGCAUGAAACGUACAUUAUGGAAAGCAUGUCUCGCAUUCAAUCCUAGUUAGUAGAAUAAUGAAUGGAUUUGGCACAGUCAACUUUUAGAAGAUUAGUAGGAAAGGUAAUCAUGUAGACUACCUAAGUACAGUGCAUUUGGAAAGUAUUCAGACACCUUGAACCUAUCCACUUUGUUACGUUACAGCCUUAUUCUAAAAUUGAUUAUAUUGUUUUUUUCCCCUCAUCAAUCUACACACAAUACCCCAUAAUGACAAAGCAAAAACAUGUUUUUAGAUUUUUUUGCAAAUGUAUUACGAAAAAAGAUUCACAUUUACAUAAGUAUUCAGAUCCUUUACUCAGUAAUUUGUUGAAGCACCUUUGGCAGUGAUUACAGCCUUGAGUCUAAUUGGGUAUGAUGCAACAACCUUGGCACACCUGUAUUUGGGGAGUUUCUCCCAUUCUCUGCAGAUCCUCUCAAGCUCUGUCAGGUUGGAUGGGAGUGUCGCUGCACAGCUAUUUUCAGGUCUCUCCAGAGAGGUUCUGGCUGGGCCACUAAAGGACAUUCAGAGACUUGUCCCGAAGCCACUCCUGCCUUGUCUUGGCUGUGUGCUUAGGGUCGUUGUCCUGUUAGAAGGUGAACCUUCGCCCCCAGUCUGAGGUCCUGAGCGUUCUGGAGUAGGUUUUCAUCAAGGGUCUCUCUGUACUUUGCUCCGUUCAUCUUUCCGUUGAUCCUGACUAGUCUCCCAGUCCCUGUCGCUGAAAAACAUCCCCACAGCAUGACGCUGCCACCUCCAUGCUUCAUCGUAGGGAUGGUGCCAGGUUUCCUCCAGACUUGGCAUUCAGGCCAAAGAGUUCAAUCUUGGUUUAAUCAGAACAGAUAAUCUUGUAGUCCUUUAGGUGCCUUUUGGCAAACUCCAAGCGUCCUUUUACUGAAGAGUGGCUUCCGUCUGGCCACUCUACCAUAAAGGCCUGAUUGGUGGAGUGCUGCAGAGAUGGUUGUCCUUCUGGAAGGUUCUCCCAUCUCCACAGAGGAACUCUGGAGCUUUGUCAGAGUGACCAUCGGGUUCUUGGUCACGCCGAUUGCUCAGUUUGGCCGGGCAGCCAGCUCUAGAAAGAGUCUUGGUGGUUCCAAACUUCUUCCAUUUAAGAAUGGUGGAGGCGACUGUGUUGUUGGGGACCUUUCAAUGCUGCAAAAAAAUUUUGGUACCCUUCCCCAGAGCUGUACCUCAACACAAUCCUGUCUCUGAGUUCUACUGACAAUUCCUUCAUCCUCAUGGCUUUGUUUUUGCUCUGACAUGCACUGUCAACUGUGGGACCUUAUGUUGACAGGUCUGUGCCUUUCCAAAUCAUGUCCAAUCAAUUGAAUUUACCACAGGUGGACUCCAAUCAAGUUGUAGAAACAUCUCAAGGAUGAUCAUUGGAAACGGGAUGCACCUGAGCUCAAUUUCGAGUCUCAUAGCAAAGGGUCUGAAUACUUAUGUAAAUAAGGUAUUUCUGUUUUAUUUUUUUAUACAUUUCCAACAAUUUCUAGAAACCUGUUUUCGCUUUUUUAUUAUGGGGUAUUGGGUGUAGAUUAAUGAGGGGGAAAAAAUGUAUUUAAUAUUUUUUUUAGAAAAAGGCUGUAACGUAACAAAGUGGAAAAAGGGAAGGGGUCUGAAUACUUUCCGUAUGCACUGUAGACCUACACUAUGCAACCCUGCAUAUAGCAAGCUCAGUCACGGUUUCUGUUGUCUGAUUGCUGUGCUGAUCUCUGCAACGUGGAUAGAUGGAGUUCACCACAUAAUGCUGCAAAUGAAGAAACAUAUCGAAAUUGAGACGGUAUAACAUUUUUGAGAUACUAUCAAAUUAUAUUUUGGGGUGGUGGUAAUGGGCUUCCAUACUGUAAGUACAGGCAUAAAGUACUGUGUUGGUAAAAUAUCACAGACAGGAAUUGUAAAUGAAGUCUACAGCAGGCUUUAAGAUGGCAAUCAUAUUUUAGUAUGUAUUCUGAGUUGAUUUUGUCUAAUCUAUAGUCUGAUAUUCUAAAUUCUUACAAUGUGAAGAAUGGUGACCUACAGUAAUUCUAUUAGGAUGGAGAUGUGCUAAAUUGACUUACACAUCUGAAUAACUUUUAAUAAGAUCGCAAAGUUUUCUGAAGAGGGUGUGCUGUCAUGACAUUCAAACCAAACAAUCCUCUUAGUGUAUUUAUUUAGUAGGCCUAUUUACAUAGGAUUUGCAUCUGUUUCAAUUUCACGGCCUCUCCCAGAGGGUACAUUUUGGACAAAAGUUUAUGAAGAUGAAGACAAUUGGACUUCAACAGUUGAAUAAAUUACCUCUUCUCCUCCCUAGUCUCGUCUAUGGAAGUUCCAGAUCAUCACACCCUGAGUCGGAGCUUCUCCAUCGACAAGCCUACGGCACUCCCCACCCUCUGCAGGGCUAUGCCACCAAUCACCACCCGGGCAGCUCUGGCCAAGGCGGGGCUUGGGGAGCAGGUCGGAGUUUGGGUGAGAGACAUGUCACACACCUUAUAAUUUUGUCACCACAGUACAGUGCCCUCGGGAUGAUAUGACUGGCAGUGCUGAUGGCACUAAGGUUGCAGUCACUGAAAAAUGUAUUUUCAAUGGAAACCCCUUUUUGUGUGGGGGGAAAAACCUGUAUUUUACCUGGUAACAUAUAGGGCCAAAUUAGAUUUAUAACAUCUGUUAGGCCUACGUUUUGUAUUUUGGUGUAAUGGACACUCCUUGACCUAUUCAGCCCAGUGAUGCAAUUUUAUCACAUACAGUGGCUUGUGAAAGUAUUCACCCCGCUUGGCAUUUUUCCUAUUUUGUUGCCUUACAACCUGGAAUUGAAAUGGAUUUUUAGCGGGUUUGUAUCAUUUGAUUUACACAACAUGCCUACCACUUUGAAGAUGCAAAAUAUUUUUGUGUGUGAAACAAACAAGAAAUAAGACAAAAAAAGAACUUGAACGUGCAUAAUUAUUCACCCCAUGAAGUCAAUACUUUGUAGAGCCACCUUUUACAGCAAUUACAGCUGCAAGUCUCUUGUGGUAUGUCUCUAUAAGCUUGGCACAUCUAGCCACUGGGAUUUUUGCCCAUUCUUCAAGGCAAAACUGCUCCAGCGCCUUCAAGUUGGAUGGGUUCCGCUGGUGUACAGCAAUCUUUAAGUCAUACCACAGAUUCUCAAUUGGAUUGAGGUCUGGGCUUUGACUAGGCCAUUCCAAGACAUUUAAAUGUUUCCCGUUAAACCACUGAAGUGUUGCUUUAGCAGUAUGCUUAGGGUAAUUGCCCUGCUGGAAGGUGAACCUCCGUCCCAGUCUCAAAUCUCUGGAAGACUGAAACAGGUUUCCCUCAAGAAUUUCCCUGUAUUUAGCGCCAUCCAUCAUUCCUUCAAUUCUGACCAGUUUCCCAGUCCCUGCCGAUGGAAAAAUGGAUGGUGUUCUCGGGGUGAUGAGAGGUGUUGGGUUUGCGCCAGACAUAGCGCUUUCCUUGAUAGCCAACAAGCUCCAUUUUUGUCUCAUCUGACCAGAGUACCUUCUUCCAUAUGUUUGGGGAGUCUCCCACAUGGCUGUUGGCGAACACCACACGUGUUUGCUUAUUUUUUUUCUUUAAGCAAUGGCUUUUUUCUAGCCACUCUUCUGUAAAGCCCAGCUCUGUGGAGUGUACGGCUUAAAGUGGUCCUAUGGACAGAUACACCAGUCUCCGCUGUGGAGCUUUGCAGCUCCUUCAGUGUUAUCUUUGGUCUCUUUGUUGCCUCUGAUUAAUGCCCUCCUUGCCUGGUCCGUGAGUUUUGGUGGGCGGCCCUCUCUUGGCAGGUUUGUUGUGGUGCCAUAUUAUUUAAAUUUUUUAAUAAUGGAUUUAAUGGUGCUCGGUGGGAUGUUCAAAGUUUCAGAUGUUUUUUUAUAACCCAACCCUGAUCUGUACUUCUCCACAACUUUGUCCCUGACCUGUUUGGAGAGCUCCUUGGUCUUCAUGGUGCUGCUUGCUUGGUGGUGCCCCUUGCUUAGUGGUGUUGCAGACUCUGGGGCUUUUCAGAACAUGUGUAUAUAUACUGAGAUCAUGUGACAGAUCAUGUGACACUUAGAUUACACACAGGUGGACUUUAUUUAACUAACUUCUUCUGAAGGUAAUUGGUUGCACCAGAUCUUAUUUAGGGGCUUCGUAGCAAAGGGGGUGAAUACAUAUGCACGCACCGCUAUUCCGUUAUUAAUAUUUUAGAAUGAUUUGAAACAAGUUAUUUUUUUCACUUCACCGAUUUGGACUAUUUUGUGUGUGUCCAUUACCUGAAAUCCAAAUAAAAAUAAAUUUAAAUUCCAGGUUAUAAUGCAACAAAAUAGGAUAAACGCCAAGGGGAAUGAAUACUUUUGCAAGGCAUUGUAGAUAUAGUUAUCUCUCUAAAUGUCCUGUUGAGUUUGCAUAAUCUGUCAAAAGGGACAUGGUCGUCACGGUUUACUCAUGGUUGUAUUUGUUGUCCCAUCAGGUCUCUCUGGACUAUUUGAAACCGGCCUGCACCAUGCCAGCCCCUCUGGCCCAGACGCUUCGGUGAUGAACCUGAUCUCCGCUCUGGAAUCCCAGCGGGGUCCCCAGGCUCCCCCCUCUGCCUCCUCCCUCCUCUCCCAGUUCCGCACGCCGUCCUGGCAGACAGGUGAGCAUGUGACCAGACCUGUGUUGACAUUCAAAACGGGUUCGCAAAAGUCGAUAUGACAUUUCCAACGCCUCACAUGUUCUAUCAAAUUGUUAUUCCUCUCGCAUGUCCGCAUUGUUGGUGAGAUUAUGUUGGUACAUUUGCAUAUUGGAUUCUUUUAGCCUUUUACAUGUUAAGGGAGGGUGGGAGUACAAUUAUUUAGUCAUGCUUGUCAGUUUUUUUCUGUUGACAGAUUGACGGGUUUUGAAUAAUCGUCGUCUUGUCUCUCCAUCUGGCCCUGACAGCAAUACACACCCCGGCCCCUGCUGAGCUCUUCAUCUCCGGGCCCCUCCCCGGCUCGGGCUCCUUCACCUCUUCCUCGGCCCUGUCGGCCUAUCAGCACCCGGCCUCCUUCUCCAGCCGCUCCUUCCCCACCCUCCAGGACACGCCCACGUUCAACUCCACCUCCAAUGGACUCCUCUCCCCCCACGACCCUCUGUUGCACAUCAAGGGUCCCUCUCAGUCCAGCCUGGGCUUUGACCGCCUCCUAUCCUCCCAGGGCGCCGCCACAGCCUACCGGGGCGGCCAGGAUCCCACAGGUGCCUCGUCGGCCCAGGCCUCAUCAGCGCGGCACCUCCAGUCCCACCAGUUCAACCUGCUGUCCUCUCAGCUGCAGGACCAGUCCUCCCAGUUGUACAAUGCCUCAGUGUUCUCCUCGGCCCAGGCUCAGGUGCAAGCCCAGGCUCAGGCCCAGUCUAACUCGAUCCAAGAGAGGGCUGUGCCUCGGCAGGACAGUGUGAUCAAGCACUACCAGCGGCCCACGCCGUCCCAGUCCCAGCUCUCCUCCUCGGCGGCCCACUCCCUGCAGCACUACCUCAGUUGCGGCGGGGCUGGGUACCAGCAGAUCGCCCACCACAGGCAGGCCGGCCUCUCUUGCAGCCCCCUGGGUGACCAGAGCCCCUCCUCAGACCACAAGGCCUCUUCCCGGACGGAACAGGUGUACCGGCCCAUCAUCCAGCCCCCCUACUCGAUCUCCACCCCUUCUUCAGCAGCAGGGAAGGGCGCCAAGAGCAACUCCAGCAGCGGCUACUCCUCGGCCAACUCGGCAUCCUCCUCCCGCACCCCUCACACGCCCCCUUCUGCGUCCUCCAGCUCUUCAACAACCUCCUCUUCCUCCUCUGCCUCGGGAGCCCACCCCUCCAACUCACUCCCCCCCUCCAGCUCCAGCUCGGCCCCCUCUAGACAGCAGCCUCUCCCUCAGAGCACUCCAGCUCCCCAGCAGCAGCCCCCUCCUACCUCAUCCACAUCUGCCCAGCAACCUUUAACUAAGCACAGCCUCUCGGGCUACGGCUCACCCGUGCCCCCAGUGAAAACCCCCGCUGCCGCCCUCACAGGCCAAACCCCGCCACAACAGCAGAACCAGUCAUACUCGCCCAGCCAGCCCCCUCCCUCCCACCUCCCCCAGUCGUAUGGUGGCUUCAGCUCCCCUCAGGCCCAGGACCUGAGCUCAGCCGGGGGAAGAAAAGGCUACGGGAGCCUGGGAGGGCGAAGCCAGUUGUACUCGGCGGAUGUGGUCUACGGGGCUGACUCUGCCUAUGGGUCCCUCCCAUCCUCUCUGGGCGGCGCGGGAUGUCCAUCGCUAGGUUACGGCCCAGGCCACUCCCCCGCCCUUUUACAGUCGAGCGGGUCGUCGGGGGGCGGAACCUCAGGAGGCGGUGGUAGCAGCAGCGCAGUAAGCGGGAACUCCGGCUCAGGAGGAGCCGGGAGCAGUAUGGCCAAUGAGAGAGGAGGUGGUGCCGGAGGAGGGUCUUACCAUAUCCCUGAGUCUAGCCCCUCCCCGUCGGCCAACUCUGGGAUCAUCCGUCCAGGGUUGCACUCCCCCGCCCCUGCCUGCCCCACACAGUCCCCGGGAGGAACGGGCUCCAACAAAUACAUCUCCUCGGUCCUCUCCCCCACUUUCAUGUCCUCCCCUCAGGGCUACCCCGACAGCAGAGCCCCCCCCGACACCAGAGGCCCCCGGUCCCAGCCCCAGUCCUACCAUCCCACCUCCAACAAAACCAAGUCCGACCCCAGCAGUAUGCUAGGUGUGGGCUCCCAGAGGUCUCAAGAGGACGUGGAUGACGAUGACGACUUCUUGAUCCAGCACCUUCUCCAAGCCCAGGCCAGUCCCACACCCCAGGCAUCCCACCACCACUCCCAGCAGCAACAACCUCAACAGAAGGUCCAACAACAGGCACCUCUGCAGCCUGUCCCCUCUACCACGGACACCGGCAAAGGGCUAUUGUCCUACGAGCUGGGCAAGAGCUCUGAGGAGAGGUACCACCUCCAGAGCGUCAUCCGCACCCACAGCGCCACCUCCAGCGCCGGUGCCGGAUCGGGAGGGGCGGUCACGGGCCUAGACAGCCAGCUGGAGAUGUCUCUCAAGAAACAGCAACAUCCACAACAGCAACAACAACCAAGGAAUGACAGCGAAGGCGGUGGCAGGAGUGGUGGUGGAGGAGGAAGAGGAGGCGCCGAGCAAAGCCACCCCCACUUACACCACCACGACUCCCUGGGGUCGGUGGUGCACUACGGCCGGGGCGACCCGUACUCCCAGCACUCCCUGGGCCCCCAACACUCCCACCCGCAGCAGCACGCCGCCUCCCACACCCACCUUCAGUCCCACACUCACAUGGAGCUGCAGAAGAAUCCACAAGAGCGCUCAGAGCUGGUGUACCCACGCAAGACCCCUGAGGUCCAGCAGCAGCACUCUCAAUCCUCUGCCUCCCUCAUGGAUUCCCCCACGGACCAGUCCCACCAGCCGCCCCACCUGCUCCAGUCUGUGCUGUCUCACACCACUCGCAACAAGAUGGAGCCCCAUCAGCAGCAGCAUUCAGUGAGCCAACAACAAGCUAUGAUGGAUGGAGCUGGAGGGAGAAUGGGCGCUGGCAAACACCAGUCUCAGACCCAGCAGGCCUCCCAGCUUCAGCUACAACUCCAGUCCCAGGCUUUGGAGGUCACAGCGGCGGCCGCUCACUACAACCACGGACCUCCUCGGCAGGACCAGAGCCAGUCCAAGCAACAACAGCAAAGCUCGGUGGUGUCCUCCCUGGACAUGCUGGAGUGCUCGCUCUCCCAGACAUCCAGUGCGGACGGAGGGGGAGUGGAGGAGAGGAGAGGAGGCGGAGGAGGUGGUGGAGGAGGGGGAAGAGGCGGCGGGAGCGCAGAGUGCCACAGGCAGCAGCAGCAAGAGCAGCAGAGGCUCUCGGCCCAUCACCCUCAACACUCCGCCUCGGAGCUCCACUCGUUCCUCUCUGAGCCCGACAUGGGCUUAUCUGCCCCUUUGCACGUGCACCACCUCCCCCAACGCCAUCAACAUCCCAACUCCCACCACCAGCAAAGCCACUCGGUGCACCACCCCCACUCCCAUGGCCACGCUCACCCCCAGUCUCACACUCACCCUCAGCCCCAUCCCUCCACCCACUCCCAGCAACAGGAGUCCCAGUCCCACCCGUCCCAGCUCACCCCAGGCCAGCAGGUCCAAAUGGACCAGCAUCAGCGCACCGAGCAGCACCCGUUCGACACGGUCAGCCCUGUGGAGAAAAGCUGUGGCCAGCGCCAGCAGAGCCAGAACCGCUUUGUCACGCUCACCUCUAUCUGCUUCCCGGACUCGCUCCUGCAGGACGAGGACCGCUCCUUCUUCCCUGGCAUGGAGGACAUGUUCUGCUCAGACGACUUCUCCAAGUCGAGCUGUGCCGGAGAAGGCGCAGGCCCAGGGCAGGAGGAGAUGAACCAGGAGGGACCAGGAGGGGGCCAUGAGGAGCCCAUGAAGGCUAAUUCAGGAGGAGGAAGUGGAGGGGGAAGCGGAGGAGCCGGGUACGAAAUGCUGGGCCACCACGGCGGCGACCAGGGAUAUGGGCAGUACUGCCACGGGCUUUCCGAGUCCGGAAACCGCACCCUGGACCUGGACUCUCUCAAGACACAUGAGCUGCCCUCCACCGUUAACACGGCGCAGCUGGGCCUGAUCCAGUCCUCAGGUUCAGGCGCGUGCACCGGUGGAGCUGGCGCCGGCCCCGGAGGCCUCACCUCGCCCAUCUUCUGCUCGUCGCGCCCCAAGAAGCUCCUCAAGUCGAGCUCGUUCCACCUGCUCAAGGAGCGCCGAGACCCCAACACACUGCCCAAAAAGAGCUACGCGCAGGAGUAUGAGUUUGAGGAUGAUGAGGACAAGGACAACCAGCCGGCGGACAUCCGUCUGAACAGCCGCCGGCUCCCUGACCUCCUCCCCGACCUGGUCUCCAGCUGCCGUAAAACAGGAGGUGGAGGUGGGGCCGGAGGAGGAGGCACGCUCAGCCCCCUCAUGGGCGACCUCGACUACUACCACUCGUCCGGCUACCCCUCCCUCUGCCCCCCUCCCCAGCUCCUGCCGCAGGACGGGCCCAAGAAGAGAGGCCGCAAGCCCACCAAGCCAAAGAGAGCAGGGCCUCCUAGGCCCAGGGGUAGGCCUCGCAUUCGCCCGCAUCCUGAGCAGCACGCGCCCCGCGGAAUGAUGGGCGGUGAGAUGGGAGAAGGAACCGAAGCAGGAAGGGGGUAUGGAGGAGGAAUUGAGGGCAAACGGAGCAGGGGCCGUGGCGGCGGAGGCCGAGGGAGAGGGAGGAGAGACGACAUGUUCAUGGAGAUAACUGGGAAGGAGCAGAUGCAGCAACACCACCUUAAUCGGCAACAGCAUCAACUCCACCACCAGGCUCCACAGCAUCAGGAGCCCAUACCACAUCUCAAGGUGAGUGUGGAUACAUUGAAUUGAACUGAACUUUAUUCAUUCCCAGGGGGAAAUGUUGAUAUCAUUGCAGGCUUAUACUUAAAGGGACAUUACACUUUUAAAUCAAAGUUUGUCAAACGAUUUCAUAUCUCUAAAGUAGUCUAAUGUCAAGAUUAAACUACAUCCCAUAUACCUGGAUCUACACAACUGAUGACAUGGGAUGUGAACUCAUGAUGACAUGGGAUGCGAACUCAUGAUGACAUGGGAUGCGAUCGCAUUCAUUUUGGAGUGUAAUGUUCCUUUAAGGUGGCGGGAAUAGCAAAGUUUACUGUACUGUACUCUAUUGGCGUUUUAACCUAACUUUUCUCCUAUUUUUUCUGUCUUAGAUCAAACUGCCCAUCGGCUCCAUGUCCUCUUCCGAAGUCCUGCUGAGGACAGACUCUCUGUCCGGCACGGACCCCGCUCUGUCAGACGGCUCGGUAGGGUCUGCUCCCUCCCUUGGCCUGAGUCCUGGACCCCUGUGCGGAGGGGCAGACUCCAACAGGACCCAGGACAAGAGCAAGCAGAAGAUCCAGAUACAGAGUGACGGAGUGGAUGGCGAGGGGAUGGAUGGAAGGGUAAGGGACGAUUUUAGACUUUGUUUGGCCACUCAAUCAGUCAGCAUUAAUGGUUAAUCUUGUGUUGUAUGUGACAAAAUGUUAGCCUUAGCUUGUAAAAUUAAGAGGGAAACCACUAUUUCCCUCUCUCAUUAACUAUUUUCUCUCGCUCUCUCUAUUCCCCCCCGAACCUCUCCCUCUCUGUCUUUCUCUCAGAGGGAUGAGAAAGCGGGCUGCAUGGCCUCCUUCAUGGACUUCCUCAAGUCGGGAAAGAGACCUCCGGGCUUGGAAAUGCCCCUGGGAAUGGAAUCAGGAAAUGGUGACGCCUCCCCUCUCAAAUCUGAAGGGCUCCGUCCCUUGUCCCCAGCACCCCCUCCAACACUGCCCCCACCUUCUUUCGGCGAGGGCAAGGGCAACAGCGGCCUGGGGGGCUGCCCCAGCCCCUGCAAGCGCACCCUGGACGACGAGCUGAAGAGGAACCUGGAGACGCUGCCCUCGUUCUCCUCAGACGAGGAGGAUUCGGUGGGCAAGAACCAAGACCUGCAGAAAAGCAUCUCCUCGGCCAUCUCGGCUCUCUACGACACGCCGCAGCUGGCCUCGCUCCAGCCGCCCCCGCCUUCUCCCCCAUCCCAGUCCCAAGACCAACCCAGCCAUGACCCACUCACACCGAGCGCCCUGCAGCCGCCCGCCCUCAGCCCCCAACUCCCCUCACACAACCCUCACACCCAGCCCCAGGCAGCCGAGCCGGCCGUACUACAGCGAGAGGACCAGGAGAUGGAGGAGAAUGAUGAGGAGGAAGAGAGGAAGAUGCGAGGAGGGGGUGAUGAUGAGAGUGAAGUGAAUGAUAUUGAAGAAGAGGAGCCAGAGUUGGAGAUACUUGGUGCACCCAGAUUGGAAGGUAAGGGAAAUACCGGACCGAUACAGAUCAUAUUGAUUUAUAUUUUGUUGUCGAUGAUUGCCAAUGCCAGUAUGGCAAAAGGAGAAUAAAUAUUUAGUCCUUGUGAGAAUCGAGAUUAAGGGAUUGUUAUCAGCAACUUUGUCGUAUUUGUACGACAAGGUUUUAAUAAAAGUUACUGCAGCAGCAAAUAUAUGAUUUAUAUAUACAGUGGGGGAAAAAAGUAUUUAGUCAGCCACCAAUUGUGCAAGUUCUCCCACUUCAAAAGAUGAGAGGCCUGUAAUUUUCAUCAUAGGUACACGUCAACUAUGACAGACAAAAUGAGAUUUUUUUUUCUCCAGAAAAUCACAUUGUAGGAUUUUUAAUGAAUUUAUUUGCAAAUUAUGGUGGAAAAUAAGUAUUUGGUCAUCUACAAACAAGCAAGAUUUCUGGCUCUCACAGACCUGUAACUUCUUCUUUAAGAGGCUCCUCUGUCCUCCACUCGUUACUUGUAUUAAUGGCACCUGUUUGAACUUGUUAUCAGUAUAAAAGACACCUGUCCACAACCUCAAACAGUCACACUCCAAACUCCACUAUGGCCAAGACCAAAGAGCUGUCAAAGGACACCAGAAACAAAAUUGUAGACCUGCACCAGGCUGGGAAGACUGAAUCUGUAAUAGGUAAGCAGCUUGGUUUGAAGACAUCAACUGUGGGAGCAAUUAUUAGGAAAUGGAAGACAUACAAGACCACUGAUAAUCUCCCUCGAUCUGGGGCUCCACGCAAGAUCUCACCCCGUGGGGUCAAAAUGAUCACAAGUGAAUGGACCUAGUGAAUGACCUGCAGAGAGCUGGGACCAAAGUAACAAAGCCUACCAUCAGUAACACACUACGCCGCCAGGGACUCAAAUCCUGCAGUGCCAGACGUGUCCCCCUGCUUAAGCCAGUACAUGUCCAGGCCCGUCUGAAGUUUGCUAGAGUGCAUUUGGAUGAUCCAGAAGAGGAUUGGGAGAAUGUCAUAUGGUCAGAUGAAACCAAAAUAGAACUUUUUGGUAAAAACUCAACUCGUCGUGUUUGGAGGACAAAGAAUGCUGAGUUGCAUCCAAAGAACACCAUACCUACUGUGAAGCAUGGGGGUGGAAACAUCAUGCUUUGGGGCUGUUUUUCUGCAAAGGGACCAGGACGACUGAUCUGUGUAAAGGAAAGAAUGAAUGGGGCCAUGUAUCGUGAGAUUUUGAGUGAAAACCUCCUUCCAUCAGCAAGGGCAUUGAAGAUGAAACGUGGCUGGGUCUUUCAGCAUGACAAUGAUCCCAAACACACCGCCCGGGCAACGAAGGAGUGGCUUCGUAAGAAGCAUUUCAAGGUCCUGGAGUGGCCUAGCCAGUCUCCAGAUCUCAACCCCAUAGAAAAUCUUUGGAGGGGGGAGUUGAAAGUCCGUGUUGCCCAGCGACAGCCCCAAAACAUCACUGCUCUAGAGGAGAUCUGCAUGGAGGAAUGGGCAAAAAUACCAGCAACAGUGUGUGAAAACCUUGUGAAGACUUACAGAAAACGUUUGACCUGUGUCAUUGCCAACAAAGGGUAUAUAACAAAGUAUUGAGAAACUUUUGUUAUUGACCAAAUACUUAUUUUCCACCAUAAUUUGCAAAUAAAUUCAUGAAAAAUCCUAAAAUGUGAUUUUCUGGAUUUUUUUUUUCUCAAUUUGUCUGUCAUAGUUGACGUGUACCUAUGAUGAAAAUUACAGGCCUCUCUCAUCUUUUUAAGUGGGAGAACUAGCACAAUUGGUGGCUGACAAUAAUUUUAUCCCCCACUGUAUAUACGCAGUGGGGAGAACAAGUCUUUGAUACACUGCCGAUUUUGCAGGUUUUCCUACUUACAAAGCAUGUAGAGGUCUGUAAUCAUAGGUACACUUCAACUGUGAGAGACGGAAUCUAAAACAAAAAUCCAGAAAAUCACAUUGUAUGAUUUUUAAGUAAUUAAUUUGCAUUUUAUUGCAUGACAUAAGUAUUUGAUACAUCAGAAAAGCAGAACUUAAUAUUUGGUACAGAAACCUUUGUUUGCAAUUACAGAGAUCUUACGUUUCCUGUAGGUCUUGACCAGGUUUGCACACACUGCAGCAGGGAUUUUGGCCCACUCCUCCAUACAGACCUUCUCCAGAUCCUUCAGGUUUCGGGGCUGUCGCUGGGCAAUACGGACUUUCAGCUCCCUCCAAAGAUUUUAUAUUGGGUUCAGGUCUGGAGACUGGCUAGGCCACUCCAGGACCUUGAGAUGCUUCUUACGGAGCCACUCCUUAGUUGCCCUGGCUGUGUGUUUCGGGUCGUUGUCAUGCUGGAAGACCCAGCCACGACCCAUCUUCAAUGCUCUUACUGAGGGAAGGAGGUUGUUGGCCAAGAUCUUGCGAUACAUGGCCCCAUCCAUCCUCCCCUCAAUAUGGUGCAGUCGUCCUGUCCCCUUUGCAAAAAAGCAUCCCCAAAGAAUGAUGUUUCCACCCCCACGUUCUUGGGGUUGUACUCAUCCUUCUUCUUCCUCCAAACACGGCGAGUGGAGUUUAGACCAAAAAGCUAUAUUUUGGUCUCAUCAGACCACAUGACCUUCUCCCAUUCCUCCUCUGGAUCAUCCAGAUGGUCAUUAGCAAGCUUCAGACGGGCCUGGACAUGCGCUGGCUUGAGCAGGGGGACCUUGCGUGCGCUGCAGGAUUUUAAUCCAUGACGGCGUAGUGUGUUACUAAUGGUUUUCUUUGAGACUGUGGUCCCAGCUCUCUUCAGGUCAUUGACCAGGUCCUGCUGUGUAGUUCUGGGCUGAUCCCUCACCUUCCUCAUGAUCAUUGUUGCCCCACGAGGUGAGAUCUUGCAUGGAGCCCCAGACCGAGGGUGAUUGACCGUCAUCUUGAACUUCUUCCAUUUUCGAAUAAUUGCGCCAACAGUUGUUGCCUUCUCACCAAGCUGCUUGCCUAUUGUCCUGUAGCCCAUCCCAGCGUUGUGCAGGUCUACAAUUUUAUCCCUGAUGUCCUUACACAGCUCUCUGGUCUUGGCCAUUGUGGAGAGGUUGGAGUCUGUUUGAUUGAGUGUGUGGACAGGUGUCUUUUAUACAGGUAACGAAUUCAAACAGGUGCAGUUAAUACAGGUAAUGAGUGGAGAACAGGAGGGCUUCUUAAAGAAAAACUAACAGGUCUGUGAGAUCCGGAAUUCUUACUGGUUGGUAGAUGAUCAAAUACUUAUGUCAUGCAAUAAAAUGCAAAUUAAUUACUUAAAAAUCAUACAAUGUGAUUUUCUGGAUUUUUGUUUUAGAUUCCGUCUCUCACAGUUGAAGUGUACCUAUGAUAAGAAAUUACAGACCUCUACAUGCUUUGUAAGUAGGAAAACCUGCAAAAUCGGCAGUGUAUCAAAUACUUGUUCUCCCCACUGUACGUACGUACAUACAUGCAUACAUACAUACAUACAUACAUACAUAUACACACACACACACACACGCACACACACAGAAGUAUGUGGACAAUGGGAUACAAUAUUGUCACAUAAUAUCGGCUAUGAAAUCGAAUAUCAUCGGGUACUAAUAGCCUAUGUUUUAUUGGCAGAUAAUGUAUGUAGGCUGUUAUAUUGUGCAUCUCUUUGUGGAACCACAAUUUUUUUUCCCACUUUCUUAUUACAAGACUUUUGUUCAUAGUCUUGUUGUUUCAGCUCAUAUCCCAUUGUUCUUAGAAUUGAUUUUCACUGCUUAGCUCAUGAAAAAUAAUUAUUUUAGCCUUGGGCUGUGUAGUUGCUGUAGAAUUCGGACCUUGAAUCAAUUUCCUGUUGCACACAUUGUAAAUCAAUUAUUAAAAGAAAUGAUUGCCCCAAUGUUAUGAUGAUAGUUUGAAUUAAAUGACCUUAAAGGCCCACUCUGAUCUUUACAGCUGUUUUUGGUAAUUUAAAUGAAUGAUAAAUACCCAUUGGGCGAUUCCACACCAAGACAGCCCAAAAAUAUGUUUGGUGUCUCAGAUUGUUCUGGAAAUUCUCACAUAGAAGCUUCAUCGGGAGGAAGGAUCUUUGACAUGCUUUUUACAUUUGUAUAAUAAUAAUAAUAUGCCAUUUAGCAGACGCUUUUAUCCAAAGCGACUUAAAGUCAUGUGUGCAUACAUUUUUACGUAUGGGUGGUCUUGGGGAUCGAACCCACUACCCUGGCGUUACAAGUGCCAUGCUCUACCAAUUGAGCUACAGAGGACCACUGUAUCACAAACAUGUUUGUAUCACAAACAUGAUUUAUUUUAGGCCCAUUUUUAGAACUAUACAUGCCUCCUGUAAGACCCUAUGAUCCGUGAACCGAACCGUACAUCAUACAGACAUCUUGGUGUAAUUAUACUCCUUAUAGCAAGGAUCAUCAACUAGAUUCAGCUGCGGGCCGAUUUCUUUUUCUUGAGCGGAUGGUCAGGGAGCAGGAACAUAAUUACAAAUCAUUUAAGAGUGUUUUACCAGUAGCCGAAAGGUUGCUGGAUCGAAUCUCUGAGCCGACUAGGUGAAAAAUCUGUCUCUGCCCUUGAGCAAGGCACUUAACCCUAAUAGCUCCUGUAAGUCGCUCUGGAUAAGACUGUCUGCUAAAUGACUUAAAAUAUAAAUUUAUUUAUAGACUGCAAAUUGACUGCAAGAAGCCCAAACAGCUAUAAUAUUUGACUAAAACAUAAUAAUUUCAAACCUUGCUUUCAUUUGUGUACGAUCACAUCUAUCUCUACUAUGCGUGGGAAUACUUUGGAACAGAUUUCCAAAAUGUUAAUCACUUGGAGCUGAUUUGCUUGUGUUUUUAGUGUUUUAUGUCCAACAAGAACAACAAUUAUUUGGGGGGCCAAAUAAAAUCCCCACUGGCGGCCAAAUUCGGGCCGCCAGUUGGGGAACCGCCUUAUAGUGUGCUCUCAUAUGGAGUAGGUCUUAAUUCUGAAAUAAAAAAUGUCAUUUAUUCAACAAAUGUAAUAUCUCAAAAGUACCCUUUUUUAAGAAUUUUUUGGAACAAUAUACUCUUCAAAUACAUACAUUUCCAGAGUGGGCUAUGACCAAUUUUAUACAUAGAAAUUGACAUUAUAGGUCUUUAACCAAUCACAGCCCUUCUUUAGGAUUGCGCAUUUGGCAAAUCACCAAUGGAAGGAGUUCCCUUUGAAUAAAUGUUCCCAUUCACUGUGUUGGUGGUGCACAUAACAUUUACAGUUGAAAUCGGAAGUUUACAUACACCUUAGCCAAAUACAUUUAAAUUCAGUUUUUCACAAUUCCUGACAUUUAAUCCUAGUAAAAAAUCCCUGUUUUAGGUCAGUUAGGGUCACCACUUUAUUUUAAGAAUGUGAAAUGUCAGAAUAAUAGUAGUGAUUUAUUUCAGCUUUUAUUUAUUUCAUCACAUUCCCAGUAGGUCAGAGGUUUACAUACACUCAAUUAGUAUUUGGUAGCAUUGCCUUUUAAAUUGUUUAACUUGGGUCAAACGUUUUGGGUAGCCUUCCACAAGCUUUCCACAAUAAGUUGGGUGAAUUUUGGCCCAUUCCUCCUGACAGAACUGGUGUAAGUGAGUCAGGUUUAUAGGCCUCCUUGCUCGCACACGCCUUUUCAGUUCUGCCCACAAAUGUUCUAUAGGAUUGAGUUCAGGGCUUUGUGAUGGCCACUCCAAUACCUUGACUUUGUUGUCCUUAAGCCAUUUUGCCACAACUUCGGAAGUAUGCUUGGGGUCAUUGUCCAUUUGGAAGAUCCAUUUGCGACCAAGCUUUAACUUCCUGACUGAUGUCUUGAGAUGUUGCUUCAAUAUAUCCACAUAAUUUUCCUUCCUCAUGAUGUCAUCUAUUUUGUGAAGUGCACCAGUCCCUCCUGCAGCAAAGCAACCCCACAGCAUGAUGCUGCCACCCUCGUGCUUCACGGUUGGGAUGGUGUUUUUCGGCUUGCAAGCCUUCAACUUUUUCCUCCAAACAUAACGAUGGUCAUUAUGGCCAAACAGUUCUAUUUUUGUUUCAUCAGACCAGAGGAAAUUUUUCCAAAAAAGUAUGAUCUUUGUCCCCAUGAGCAGUUGCAAACCAUAGUCUGGCUUUUUUAUGGCGGUUUUGGAGCAGUGGCUUCUUCCUUACUGAGCAGCCUUUCAGGUUAUGUCGAUAUAGGACUCGUUUUACUGUGAAUGUAAAAAGAUUUGUACCUGUUUCCUCCAGCAUCUUCACAAGGUCCUUUGUUGUUGUUCUGGGAUUGAUUUGCACUUUUCGCACCAAGGUACGUUCAUCUCUAGGAGACAGAACGCGUCUCCUUCCUGAGCGGUAUGACGGCUGCGUGGUCCCAUGGUGUUUAUACUUGCAUACUAUUGUUUGUACAGAUGAACGUGGUACCUUCAGGCGUUUGGAAAUUGCUCCCAAGGAUGAACCAGACUUGUGGUCAUCUACAAAAAAAAGAUUCUGAGGUCUUGGCUGAUUUCUUUUGAUUUUCCCAUGAUGUCAAGCAAAGAGGCACUGAGUUUGAAGAUAGGCCUUGAAAUACAUCCACAGGUACACCUCCAAUUGACUGAAAUGAUGUCAAUUAGCCUAUCAGAAGCUUCUAAAGCCAUGACAUCAUUUUCUGGAAUUUUCCAAGCUGUUUAAAGGCACAGUCAAUUUAGUGUUUGUAAACUUCUGACCCACUGGAAUUGUGAUACAGUGAAUUAUAAGUGAAAUCUGUCUGUAAACAAUUGUUGGAAAAAUUACUUGUGUCAUGCACAAAGUAGAUGUCCUAACCGACUUGCCAAAACUAUAGUUUGUUACCAAGAAAUGUGUGGAGUGGUUGAAAAAUGAGUUUUGAUGACUCCAACCUAAAGUGUAUGUAAACUUCCGACUUCAACUGUAUCAUAACGUCAAAAUUAGCAGAGAGCCCACUCUGGAAAUGUGAUGUAGAGUAUAUUGUUCCAAACAAUGUCUUAAAAUGAACAAAAUCAAAUAGGGUACCUAUGAGAUACUAAUAUUUUUCAUGUUGAAUAAAAUAAUGUGAAAUUAUAUUUCAGAAUCUAGACGUACUCCAUAUGUUAGAACAUACUAUAAUGACACCAAGAUGUUGUCUGUAUCAUGUACGGUCACGGAUCAUAGGGUCUUACAGGAGGCAUGUGAAGUGCAUUCGGAAUGUAUUCAGACCCCUUGACUUUUUCCAAAUGUUGUUACGUUACAGCCUUAUUCUACAAUUGAUUAAAUAAAACAUUCGUCAUCAAUCUACACACAAUACCCCAUAAUGACAAAACGAAAUCGUACCUUAUUUACGUAAGUAUUCAGACCCUUUGCUAUGAGACUCGAAAUUGAGCUCAUGUGCAUCCUGUUUCCAUUGAUCGUCCUUGAGAUGUUUCUACAACUUGAUUGGAGUCCACCUGUGGUAAAUUCAAUUGAUUGGACAUGAUUUGGAAAGGCACUCACCUGUCUAUAUAAGGUCCCACAGUUGACAGUGCAUGUCAGAGCAAAAACCAAGCAAUGAGGUCGAAGGAAUUGUCCAUAGAGCUCCGAGACAGGAUUGUGUCGAGGCACAGAUCUGGGGAGUUUGCCAAAAGGCAGCUAAAGACUCUCAGACCAUGAGAAACAAGAUUCUCUGGUCUGAUGAAACCAAGAUUGAAGUCUUUGGCCUGAAUGCCAAGCGUCAUGUCUGGAGGAAACCUUGCACCAUCCCUAUGGUUAAGCAUGGUGGUGGCAGCAGUAUCAUGCUGUGGGGAUGUUUUUCAGCGGCAGGGAGACUAGUCAGGAUCGAGGGAAAGAUGAACGGAGCAAAGUACAGAGAGAUGCUUGAUGAAAACCUGCUCCAGAGCGCACAGGACCUCAGACUGGGGUGAAGAUUCACCUUCCAACAAGACGACAACAACCCGGACUUGAACCUGAUCGAACAUCUCUGGAGCCACCUGAAAACAGAUGUGCAGCAAUGCUCCCCAUCCAACUGGACAGAGCUUAAGAGGAUCUGCAGAGAAGAAUGGGAGGAACUCCCAAAAUACAGGUGUGCCAAGCUUGUAGAGUCAUACCUAAGAAGACUCGAGGCUGUAAUCGCUGCCAAAGGUGCUUCAAGAAAGUACUGAAGUAAAGGGUCUGAAUUGUUACAGUGCAUUCGUAAAGUAUUCAGACCCCUUGACCUUUUCUACAUUUUGUUAUGUUAUUACAGCCUUAUUCUAAAAUUGAUUACAUUGUUUUCCCCCCUCAUCAAUCUACACACAAUACCCCAUAAUGACAAAGCAAAAACAGUUUAAAAAAAAAAUAUAUUUUGCUAAUUUAUACAAAUAAAAAAACUGGAAAUAUUAAAUUUUUCAUAAGUAUUCAGACCCUUUACUCAGUACUUUGUUAAAGCACUUUUGGCAGCGAAUACAGCAUCAAGUCUUCUUGGGUAUGACGCUACAAGCUUGGCACACCUGUAUUUGGGGAGUUUCUCCCAUUCCUCUCUGCAGAUCCUCUCAAGUUCUGUCAGGUUGGAUGGGGAGCAUUGCUGCACAUCUGUUUUCAGGUGGCUCCAGAGAUGUUCGAUCGGGUUCAAGUCCGGGCUCUGGCGGGGCCACUCAAGGUAAUUCAGAGACUUCUACCGAAGCCACUCCUGCCUUGUCUUGGCUGUGUGCUUAGGGUCGUUGUCCUGUUGGAAGGUGAACCUUCGCCCCAGUCUGGGGUCCUGAGCGCUCUGGAGCAGGUUUUCAUCAAGGAUCUCUCUGUACUUUGCUCCGUUCAUCUUUCCCUCGAUCCUGACUAGUCUCCCAGUCCCUGCGACUUCUCCCCCGAUUGCUCAGUUUGACCGGGCGGCCAGCUGUAGAAAGGGUCUUGGUGGUUCCAAACUUCUUCCAUUUAAGAAUGAUGGAGGCCACUGCACCAUUGAAGGUCCCCAAGAACACAGACAUUUUUUGGUACCCUUCUCCAGAUCUGUGCCUCGACACAAUCCUGUCUCGGAACUCUAUGGACAAUUCCUUCGACCUGAUGGCUUAGUUUUUGCUCUGACAUGCACUGUCAACUGUGGGACUUUAUAUAGACAGGUGUGUGCCUUUCCAAAUCAUGUCCAAUCAAUUGAAUUUACCACAGGUGGACUUCAAUCAAGUUGUAGAAACAUCUCAAGGAUGAUCAAUGGAAACAGGAUGCACCUGAGCUCAAUUCCAAGUUUCAUAGCAAGGGGUCUGAAUUCUUAUUUUUGGUACAUUUGCUAAAUUUUCUAGAAACCUGUUUUCACUUUGUUAUAAUGGGGUAUUGUGUAUAGAUUGAGGGGGAAAAAAUAAAUGUAAUCCAUUUUAGAAUAAGGCUGUAAAGCAACAAAAUGUGGAAAAUGUCAAGGGUUCUGAAUAAUUUCCGAAUGCACUGUAUAUGUCUAAAACGUGCCUAAAAUGGCCACAUUAAUCAUUUUCUUCCCUUUGUUUUUUUCAUUGUUUGUGAUACAAAUGUAAAAAGCAUGUUAAACAUCCUUCCUCCCAAUGUAGUUUCUAUGUGAGAAUUGACAGAACAUUCUACCAAAACUUUUUUUGGCCUAUUCUGGCGUGGAAUCGCAUUUGAUUCUUGAAGAACAAUCACCACUUAUCUCCUUUUUAUUCCAGCCUCUGCCCCAGAGUCCCCAGUGGCACCAGCCGCGCCCCCACCUCUCUCUGCCUCCCCCGCUCAAUCAUUCUCUCCCUCUCCCCCGCCUUCCCCCUUACUUCUCCUCUCUCUCCCUUCAUCACCCCUGCCCCCACAAGAGGCGGCACAACAGCAGAAGCAGUCCCAACCUCCGAGCCCCCUCCCUCCUUCCAUUCCUUCCCCUCUUCCUCCUGCUCCCGCCACCCUCCCUCCCUCCUCCCCGACUCCUCCUUCCUCCCCUCCCCCGGCCUCCGAUUCCCCCUCACUGGAGCUCCCCGCGUCCCCGGAAGAUGCUCCCGCCCCUCAGGUCACCUCUCUGCAUGUGGCCCAGAAGCAGGAGGACGCUGCCAUCGCUGGAGAGAGCGAGGAUGACGAGAGCGAGAGCGGAGGGGAAGGCAUUUUCCGAGAGAGGGACGAGUUUGUGGUGCGCGUAGAAGACAUCGCAACAAUGAAGGUAUUUGUGUGUUUUUGUGCGCGUGUGUAAAAAAGGCAUCACUAACCAGUCGAUAGGUUGGAUGGUUAGUCCGUAUAGUCCAUCUGUUCCGUAAGUUGAUUGUGUGAGUAUGUGUGUGUCCGUAUGUGGUAUAUGUGUGUUCAGGAUGUGCUGUAUUAAUUCCCUCACCCCUCUGUCCCCAGCUUGCCCUGAAGACCGGUCGAGAGCCUCCCCCCAUCUGGAGGGUGCAGAAAGCCCUGCUGCAGAAGUUCAGCCCCGAGAUCAAGAACGGACAGAGGCAGUUCUGUGCCACCAGCAAUGUGAGUCAGUCAGUCUGUCCACCCAACACAGUGGUAUUCAAACUUGUUCAGCGGGGACCCCAUUUUCUCCGCCAGAAUUUCUGGGGACCCCAUUUUUUCCCCCCAAAGAAUUUCUCGCGACCAGACCCCACAACCUUAAAAUCUGUAAAUUUAGAUUUUUACGUCAACAAAGAACCCUCAAUUCAUUUCAUUUUUCAUCUCUUGUCAAAAAUGAAAACAAACCAAUACAUACAUUUACUCAAUACAAUUGUAUUUUUCAAAUGAUCUUUCUCAAAAACGUUUGUAUUUCUUCCCAUACAAUAAUCUGUACUCUUAAUUUUGUGUUCCGCUGACCCAACACUGCUCAAUGUCAAAACAUAAUGCACCUUUCUGUCUAUCAGCAGGGCACGCAAUGGAAUUUUUUUUAAACACAUGAGCGUCAAGUAGGACAAGUCCAGAUAGUCUCUCCCUGUUUCAGUACCUUUUCCACAGUUGGGUGCCUAAUGUUCCACUGACCCAACAAUGAAGAUCACUGUUCAAUCUCAACACAGAUUGCUUGUUUCUGUGUCCGUCUGUGUGAUUGUUGGUUGCAUUUCAGGUCGUCUUAAUUGCAGUCGCUGAGCAUCUCACGAGUGCUAUAUCAUAUUAAUGUGAUUCCUGAGACAUUAAACUGUUCCUAGAUCAGCACGCGGACUAUUUUGCCUUUUAGAUUAUUAGACAUGGACAGUGGGAACCUGGUUUUAGGUCAACAUUCCUACUCUGAGACACUUUAUGAAUAUGGAACCUAAUAAACUGUGUAGCACGACAGCAAUAAAGAUGACCUGGAACAGACCAACUGAUUUGUGUGGACCCCAGGAUGACUAGCUGUUCAAUAAGUAGUUAUCAGGCAUCCCAAUAAACAAAAUGGCUACUCUUUCUCUUCCUCAGUAUCUGGGCUACUUUGGAGACGCCAAGAUGCGGUACCAGCGCCUGUACGUCAAGUUCCUGGAAAACGUCAACAAGAAGGACUACGUGAGAGUGUGCUCUCGACGACCAUGGCACAGACCAUCCGGACUGAGGUACCCAUCGGGAUCUAUUCUAUACACCCAUUUCCCGGCCGCAUCAUGAAAAGUUGCGUGCGCAGGUCUUCAUCAGAAACCUCUUUUGUUAACCUAGCAGUGGAUAAGAUGACCUGCAACUUCAAAUGCAGCUCGUGCAAGGUAACAAACACAUAAUUAGAUGGUUAUCGUCAGAGGAUUGAUUACCUAGCAAGCCAGUGAGGCAAGGUAAAAUCACAAAUAGAGCCAGAUAAAGCCAGAAGAAUAAUAUACUUGUUGAACAUGGCUAUAGCCAUCGGUCUUGAGUGUUUUCAUGGUCAUUACCCAGUCACUGUUAAGUUUGUCAAGGUCAUGACAUCAGCGUUAGCUAUCCUGCUACAGAGCUUUCUGAUGUCGGGAUGCUUGCGCAUCACUCGAACGUGACGUUUGAUGGUAAACAGAAAAUGGCUCUAUUUUGGUGUACAUUGUAUAUGCCUUUACUUCUCAAAGGUUUUCUUCCACCUUGUCAUUGAACAAUUCAUAGGACAGUGCUGUCCGAAAUAUAUGUUUUGAAGGUUUAUUACUUGCACCUCUAAAAUAUACAUUUCAGUGUGCUGUCCUGUUGAAUGUCCAUGGACAAUGUUUAAGAGGAAAAUAUUAGCCUAAAGAGCUAACAUGGUGUUUGCACUAACAUCAAGCCAUCCAGUGUGUUCCCAAAAAUCUGAAGUAACCAGCAUACUGAAAAAAUCUGCCAGCUAGGGGGUUGAGAAGGCAUGACCCCCACAAAAUUAGGGUUUGUAGUCAGCGAUUUGGUUGGAAGUGGGUGCUUAUAGAACUGGGCAUCUGAAAUAUGAUUGCCUUCUCUUUAUUCAAAUCCCUACUCAUCUUCAACAGGCAACAGGCCCUUCCCAAAAUGGCUUCCCCGCCUCUCACCACCCAGACCCCGCCUCGAGCUGAGAAGGAGGAGAGGGAGCAGCGAGUGGCAACGGCACGAGAGCCAGUGCAGCGUAAGCCCAGGGAGAGAACAAGGGCAAAGAACGAACUGCGAGAAAAAGAGAAGGCGGCUGCGGUGGUGAAAGAGGAGUGGGAGAAAGAGAAGCAGAGAGAGGAGAAGGAGAAGAGGGUGCAGCCGUCUCAGAAGCCUGAGAAACGGGCCGCCACAGUGGCAACGACGGAACGAGGGAAGGGGAAGGAGAAGAAAGGGGGAGUGGAGAAAGGGAAGAAGGUAGAGCGGCCUCCCAAGUUGAAGCCAGCCAAGGUCAAGGCGGAACCGCUUCUGAAAAAGAGGAAGUGGCUGAAGGAGGUCCCCUCGUCGUCUGAUUCCGACUCAUCCGAGGAGGCAGCCAGCGAGGAUGAGAGUGAGAAGCGUUUUUUGCCUAUAGGGCCAGUUUCUUAGACACAGAUUAAGCCUAGUCCAGGAGUAAAAUGCAUUCUCAAUGGAGAUUCUCAAUUGAAAUAGCUUUUUAGUCCAAGACUAGUCAUGAACUGUGUCUUGGAAUGUAGCCCAUAAUAUUUUAUUUUGUGAAGCAGUUUUGUACUGAUUAUUGUUGGUACACCAUACAUACUAUAUAGUGCACUACUUUUGACCAGAGGUAGUGCACUAUGAAGGGAUUAUAGUGCCAAUUGGAACGCUGUGCCUUCAGAAAGUAUUCAUACCCUUUUACUUAUUCCACAUUUUGUUACAGCCUGAAUUCAAAAUUGAUUAAAUUGAUCUCUACACUACCCAAUAAUGAAAGUCAAAACAUAUUUUUAGAAAUGUUUGCAAAUGUAUUGAAAAUGAAAUAUAGAAAUAUCUCAUUUACGUAAGUAUUCACACACUUGAGUCAAUACUUUGUAGAAGCACCUUUUGGCAGCAAUUACAGCUGUAACUCUCUCUCUGUCUCUUAGAGCUUUCCACACCUGGAUUGUGCAACAUUUGACCAUUAUUCUUUUCAAAAUUCUUCAUGCUCUGUCAAAUUGUUUGUUGAUCAUUGCUGGACAACUAUUUUCCGGUCUUGCCGUAGGUUUUCAAGCAGAUUUAAGUCAAAACUGUAACUCGGCCACUCAUGAACAUUCACUGUUUUUUUGGUAAGCAACUCCAGUGUAGAUUUGGCCUUGUGUUUUAGGUUAUUGUCCUGCUGAAAGAUGAAUUAAUCUCCCAGUGUCUGGUGGAAAGCAAACUGAACCAGGUUUUCCUCUAGGAUUUUGCUUGUGCUUAACUCCAUUCCGUUUCUUUUUUUAUCCUGAAAAACUCUCCAGUCGUUAACGAUUACAAGCAUACCCAUAACAUGAUGCUGCCACCACUAUGCUUGAAAAAUGGAGAGUGGUACUCAGUAAUGCGUUAUUGGAUUUGCCCCAAACAAACAUUUGUAUUCAGGACAAAAAGUUAAUUGCUUUGCCAAAUUUUUUCCAGUAUUACUUUAGUGCCUUGUUGCAAACAGGAUGCAUGUUUUCGAAUAUCUUUGUUCCGUACAAGCUUCCAUCUUUUCACUCUGUCAAUUAGGUUAGUAUUGUGGAGUAACUACAAUGUUGUUGAUCUAUCCUCAGUUUUCUCUUAUCACAGCCAUUAAACUCUAACUGUUUUAAAGUCACCAUUGGCUUCCUGAUGAAAUCCCUGAGCGGUUUCCUUCCUCUCCAGCAACUGAGUUAGGAAGGACGCUUGUGUCUUUGUAGUGACUUGGUGUAUUAAUACACCAUCCAAAGUGUAAUUAAUAACUUCACCAUGCUCAAACGGAUAUUCAAUGUCUGCUUUUAUUUAUUUUUUACCCAUCUACCAAUAGGUGCCCUUCUUUGCGAGGCAUUGGAAAACCUUGCUGGUCUUUGUGGUUGAAUCUGUGUUUGGAAUACACUGCUCGACUGAGAAACCUUACAGAUAAUUGUAUGUGUGGGGUACAGAGAUGAGGUAGUCAUUCAAAAUUAAUGUAAAACACUAUUAUUGUGUUGGCUUCAUGGUGAAAUCCCUGAGCGGUUUCCUUCCUCUCCGGCAACUGAGUUAGGAAGGACGCCUGUAUCUUUAGUGAUUGGGUGUACUAUUUUUAGGCUUGCCAUAACAAAAAGGGGUUGAAUACUUAUUGACUCAAGACAUUUCAGCUUUUAAUAUUUUUCAAAAAACAUAAUUCCACUUUGACAUUAUGGGGUAUUGUGUGUAGGCCAGUGACAAAUCUCAUUUUAAAUUUGGGCUGUAACACAACACAAUAUGGAAAAAGUAAAGGGGUGUGAAUACUUUCUGAAGGCACUGUAUGUUUAUCCCAUAUGUAUCUGUAUUUGUGCAGUCCAACUGGGUGGAGGGAUUCUGUAAUGGUCAGGGGAGUAAUAGGUGUCUGUAUAUGCCCCAUAAUAAAUGGAAUAAAAUGGCUGUUUGGGUGCGCCAGGCAGUGAAUAGAAGGGGAGACAAAUAAAAGCUUUCAGGAAUGUAUUCGGCAAUUAGGUAGAGCUGUGUGUGUGUGUGGGGGGUUGUCACGAUAAUAUGAUACAACAUGUUCCAUUGCAAAAAGGAAAACGCAAUGCAGACUACACUCUUUGGUCAUUUAAGAAUGUUAUGUUACGUAUUGUGUGCAAUAGCUUGGAGAUUAAACAAAUGUGACUCUGGGUUACAACAUAAGAAACCAUUUUGCUGUUUUCCUCAAUUUCCUUGACAUGAUACGUCUGAAUAUUGUGAUACAGGUGUGACAACCCUAUGUGUGUUGGUGUGUAUGCCAUGCGUGUCUAACCCCUGUAUGUGUGUGUGUGUGUGUGUGUGUGUGUGUAACCUCUAUGCAGUGACAAUGCAAGGUGGGGUGAACAACCGGGCCAUGCGGGAGAUGUUCAGGAGCUAUGUGGAGAUGCUGGUCAGCACGGCCCUGGACCCCGACAUGAUCCAAGCCCUGGAGGAUACAGA